GUCAAAAUUAUCCAAAAUGACAUCCAAAUCGCUAACGUCAAACUAAAAAUUCCCGUAACACCUUCAGAGAUGAAUCGUAAGCGAAAAGCGUUUAAAAGCAGGAUAAGACCCAGAAGAGAAAGCAAUCGAGCAAAAAGACGCAAAAGGUCGAAGUCUCAGCAGACUUUAGAACAACCUAAGGAUGAUGGAACUAUUCCAGAUGUGCAGAAAUGUUUUUUGACUUAUCAACAAAUUACGAAUUAUUUGGCUACUUUGGCUGAUAAGUAUCCCAGUAAAUUGAUGUUAAGUGACAUCGGUCUGUCUGUUAAGGGACACGCGAUUUUGAUGGCCAAGGUCUUGAUGGGAGGACAUGGGGUAACUAGCAGUAACAGCAAAAGCUCUCCAUAUCAAGAAGGUGAAACCUACUGCCGCUGUGCAGCAAAUCGGACCAUCACUUUCAUUGAAGCUGGUUCCAAUGGCUGCGACUGGAUAUCCAUUGCAGCUGCGCUCUACAUGAUCGACCACCUGGUCAAAUCUGAACCUCAGCAGACCAACAUUGACUACUUCAUAGUGCCCUGUUCAAAUCCUGAUUCUUAUACUGAUAGCUUCACGCCUGGCAAUACUUUGGUGAAUUUAUCCGUUAACUAUCCCAUUAUCCUAGGCACCAGCGACAUGUCCAGAAUCAAGAACCAGCUCUUUAUCAAAACAAUCAUGGAGUGGAAACAGAGCUACCGACAUCGAAGACCAGAAAGCACAGCUUUGAUCCACACAAUAGACACAUUCCAAGGAAACAUCAAACUGUUUGUAUCUCUCCAAGAGGGCGCCUCUAAACCCAAGAUCCUGUAUCCUUAUGGAAGUAACUCAGAUAUGCUUCCAGACGCUGAUAUGGUGACCCACAUUGCAAAAUCAGCUUUAAGCAUGACCCAUAAGCUAUCAUUCAACGUAGGAAGUAUCUACAAUGUAUGUGGCCUUACCUUUGGCAGCAUUAUAGAUUAUCUGGCAAUCACCAGAGGGUUGAACUUCAGUUACGUCAUGCAUAUUAAUAAUAGGUUAAUACAACCUAAUGCUAGCAAAAUACAGAAGGUUGGGAAAGAUGUGGUGGUCACGAUAACAUCUAUGGCCAAAGAAGCCAAAAGUUGGUGUGACAGUCAAGCGUUUUGAUUGUCAGUGUGAGAUGGUUAUGUGAGAAAAACUGUGGCGUAAUUGUAAUAUAUCAAAUUCUACAAAAUCCA